AUGUCGAGGCCGGGAAGGAAGAGGCGCGGCCUGGUGUGCACUGCGGAACAAGCCAGCAGCGCAACCGUGGAUGCCGCAUCUUGCUGUCGAGGCGGAUGUCGUCGGGGAUCAAGAUUUAGCCAACUCAGCCUGCUCAUCGAUCUUCGCUGUUCCGGUCGAGGAAGGAGAAAAGCGCAGAAAGCAGGAGUGGUGUCGUCGCGUCGAGGUCAAGAUUUGCAUGUGUCAGAAGGCUCAUCGACGAUUUCAGUGAGACCAGUACACUGUAAAACUAGCUUCUGUGACGAAAUGAAGUCCGUGGAACACAGCGCCAGUGCUUCGACAAAGGUCGUUUAUCCUUCGAAUGCGGAACAGAAAGAAUCCGGCUUCGAUUCCGCAACCGUCCAAGCCGCUUGA